AUGGUGCCCUUCAAGGAAACAUAUGAGAAGGUCGAGGCUUAUCAGGACGAGGUCUUGGCCAACCCGGAGCUCAUGAACGAUGCCUUCGAUGGCGAGAACCGCGAGCAUGAGAUGACCCUGUGGCAGGCUGUCAAGGCCCACCCUUGGGCUUGCUUCUGGGCAUUCACCAUGUGUUUCACCAUUGCUUUUCAAAAGCAUUUCGGUGUCCACGUGAAGGGAUCCGGGUGGACUAUCCCAACCCAAUGGCAGAGCGCUCUUUUCCAAUCUGGUCAAUGCGGUGCUUUUGUCGGUGUCUUCUUGGCCGGACCCGUCACCAACCGUCUUGGAUACCGCUGGACGACCAUUUUGGCCCUCAUUCUUAUGAACGCCACCAUUUUCAUUUCAUUCUUUGCCGACUCACUCACAGUCCUGGUGGUCGGACAAGCGUUGGAGGGUGUCCCCUGGGGAUUCUUCAUUGCCAACUCCCCCGCCUAUGCCAGUGAGAUUGUUCCCAUCGCCCUCCGAGGUGCCUGCACGGCUACCCUGCAAAUGAGUUGGUCUAUCGGCUCAAUAAUUGUCGCCGCCGCCACUUUUCACUACCAAAAACGAAAGGAUGAAUGGGCUUGGAAAGCGCCUCUUGCCCUACAAUGGAUCUUCCCGCAUGCUCAGCAGUCACUGGCCAUGAUGGAACGAACCGUCGAGAUCGAACGCCAGAUGGGAGGUACCCCGACCCUCCUCGACCUGCUCAAGGGUACCGACUUGCGGCGCACAAUCAUCACCUGCUUGAUGUACGCGUCCCAGAAUUUCGCCGGUAACCUGAUUAGCAACCAGGCGACUUUCUUCUUUGAGCAGGCUGGAAUCUCGACCAACCGUUCUUUCCAGCUCAACCUGAUCAACUCGUGUCUUCAAUUUAUUGCCAACGGGUUGUCUUUGUUUCUUACAGGCUGGUUCGGCCGCCGAACCAUCUACCUCUAUGGCACAGCGACCAACGUCGCUCUGCUCUUUAUUCUUGGCAUCGUCUCCUCUAUCCCCAGGACCCAAGAGACAAGCUACGCCCAGGCUUGUCUGGGUGUCACAAUCUCGUUUGUGUUCGCCGGUACCCUCGGACCAGUCUCGUACACCAUCAUUUCCGAGACGUCCUCCGUCCGCCUUCGCGCUCUCAGCACCGGUGUCGGUCGUGCCAGCUACUACGUCGCGGAGAUUCCCAUGAUCUACCUCGCCUCACAGAUGCUCAACACCACUGGGUGGGACCUUGCUGGCAAAUGCGGUUACGUUUGGGGUGGUACCGCUUGCGUCUGCUGGAUCAUGGCCUACUUCUUCCUUCCGGAGCUUAAGCACCGCUCCUACAGGGAGACCGAUAUCUUGUUCAACCGCAGAAUUCCAGCUAGGAAGUUCAAGAGAACGGUUAUCGAUGUGAGGGAUAAUGAGUAA